CCCUGUGAAUGGGGACAGCCAUCCAGAGAGCUCAGGAAGGCGUCCGCGCCCUCACCUCUAGUCCCCAUGAGCUCCCAGGGAGCUGCGGUCCCGCCGGGCACAGCUCAGCCUUUAGGCCAAGCGGUGGCUGCAGCAAGCCAAACAACCCAGCAGCCCAGCAACCCAACCAUGAACGUAGGGCGGUGCCUCACAAUCGAUGACUUUGAAAUCUGGCGUCCCCUGGGCAAGGGGAAAUUUGGGAAUGUAUACCUGGCUCGGCUCAAGGAAAGCCAUUUCAUCGUGGCCCUGAAGGUUGUUUUCAAGUCGCAGAUAGAGAAGGAAGGACUGGAGCACCAGCUGCGCCGGGAAAUUGAGAUCCAGGCGCAUCUACAACACCCCAAUAUUCUACGCCUGUAUAACUACUUCCAUGAUGCACGCUGGGUGUUCCUGAUUCUGGAAUAUGCUCCGAGGGGUGAGCUCUACAAGGAGCUGCAAAAAAGCGAGAAAUUAGAUGAACAGUGCACAGCCACGAUAAUGGAGGAGAUGGCAGAUGCCCUGACCUACUGCCAUGAGAAGAAAGUGAUUCACAGAGAUAUUAAGCCAGAGAACCUACUGCUGGGGUUCAGGGGUGAGGUGAAGAUUGCAGAUUUUGGCUGGUCUGUGCACACCCCCUCCCUGAGGAGAAAGACACUGUGUGGGACACUAGACUACUUGCCCCCAGAAAUGACUGAGGGGAAAACAUAUGAUGAAAAGGUGGAUUUGUGGUGCAUUGGAGUGCUUUGCUAUGAGCUGCUGGUUGGAUAUCCACCUUUUGAGAGCACCUCCCACAGUGAGACUUACAGAGGCAUCCUCAAGGUGGAUGUGAGGUUUCCACUAUCAAUGCCUGUAGGGGCCCAGGACUUGAUUUCCAAGCUUCUCAGAUACCAGCCCUUGGAGCGACUGCCCCUGGCUCAGAUCCUGAAGCAUGCCUGGGUUCAGGCCCAUUCCCAAAGGGUGCUGCCUCCCUGUGCUCAGAUGGCUUCUUGAGCCCUGUCUGCUUCUGUUUAUGUUUGCUCAGGGAGAUCUCCUAGCUCUGCCACCUCAUUUGUCUUUUUUUUUUUUUCUCUUUUAAGAUGUAAGAUGCUAGUUAAUAAAAGUUGAAUCAUUGUG